AAUUUUGUUUUGUUUUGUUUGGCUUCGUUUUUUGUUUUGUUCUUCCGUUGCCAUAAAGAAAUUAACAACAACCACGAAUCCUAUAAAUAAUAGUCGAAAAUUUGUUCCGUUAAAAACGGACAACUUUCACCAACAACAACAAUCGACACCGUCAUCAUUUCAUUCAAACCAUUCAUCAUCUGAUCAGUCUUUAACAUCUCGUCACUUAUCUUCUGGUGAAAUCGAUGAACGUGUGGACGAAUGUUGUUCGUCAAUAGGAAAAUUGUUGAUCCGCAGCAACAACCGUAUUGCCGAGGACAAGAGCAAAUAUCGAAAUCAAACAAAUUCAUAUUCUUAUCAUCAACCAUACGACCGCCAACACAACCACCAAGAACAGCAUUCAAAUACUACGAUGACAAUCGGUCACCAUCAUCAUAAUCAUCAUUAUAAUAAUCGUCAUCAUUAUCCAUCAUAUCAUGAUCAUUAUCAUGAUGAUUCACCGCUACUUCCGCGUAUCGAAUUUCCAUCCAGUCAAUUCGAUCGAUUAUUGCGAGGUUCUUCAUCAGCAGGCGGUGGAGGUGGUAGUGGAAAUGGAUCACCAAUAUCACUGAAUAAUAAUAAUAAUAAUAAUAAUAAUAAUAGUAAUCUAGAUCGUCAUCAUCAUCAUCAUCAUCAUCAUCAUCGUAAUAAUAAUAAUAGCCAUUCAUCGUCAUCAUCUAAUUCUUCAUCAUCACAUCAUUCACAUCGUUUUACCUCGUUGGCAAGAAACAAUUCCAAUUCAUUGUCAAAUUCAACGACAACGAAUUCAUCAUCAGCACGUCAUCAUUAUCAUCAUUCGUGGAAGAAUGGAUUCAAUGAUGGUGGACGUAAAAAAUAAUAUAAUAGGAAAAGUCAUCUAAAUCGUAUAUUGAUCCAUUUAUAGAAUUGUGAAGAUGAAUUGGUUUUACAAUUCUUUUUUUGUUUCUAUUUUUUUUCGCCACCGAAAAAAAUCUG